CGCGUGUUAACUUCCUGUUGCGGUGGGGGUGGCGCCCCGGGACUUCCCCGGGGAGGCGGCGAUGGGAGCCCGAGGGGGUCCGAGUGGAGCUCGGCGUUGCCUCCCCGCCGAGGGGACCGCUCGCCGCUGAGCCGCCCGGCCCCAGCGAGGCCCGCGGAGCUGUCAUGGACGAGUUUGUAGAGGAUGACAUCUGUAUUUUGAACCAUGAAAAAGCAGACAACACUCAUAAAAGAGACGGGGAGAUUCCUGUUCCAUCUUAUGGUGGAGAUGAGUCUGUUGCUUCACACUUUGCACUUGUCACUGCAUAUGAAGAUAUCAAGAAACGACUAAAGGAGACAGAGAAGGAGAACUCCCUCUUGAAAAAAAGAGUGAGAAUUCUAGAAGAGAAGUUGCUUGGCUCCCGCCUGGAAGAGGAAUGCAGUGCAGUUGGACGUGAACAAGUAAAUAAGGCAUACCAGGCCUAUCGAGAGGCCUGCAUUGACCGAGAUAAUCUGAAAAACAAACUGGAUAAAAUGAUGAAAGAAAGUGAGGAAUCCUUGAAAACCUUGAAUGAACAAUUGCAGUCUAAAGAAGUAGAGCUGUUACAACUAAGAACUGAAGUGGAAACUCAACAAGUGAUGAAAAAUCUGAAUUGUACUCAGUCCAGCUGGGAGAUAGAAAAGCUGAACAGUGACCUGAAAGUGCAUAGUCUUGAACAGGAUCUAGAAAAACUCAAGCAAGAGUGCAACAGUCUCAGAAAGGAGUUGCAAAAAUCCAAGCAGAAGGGCCAGGCUCAAGAUGAAAAUCCAUUAAAUGGGGACCUCCUUCAAAGGCAAGGCAUCCAGAGUGUGCAACAAGCAUAUUGGGAACUGAAGAGAGAAAUGUCUAAUUUGCGUCUAGUGACUGAUGUGCAAGCUGAGGUUCUACGAAAACUGAAAACAAACCCAAGAGCAACCAAGAAAGCUGCCUCUACUGUACCAGUCCAAUGUGUUGACUUGAACGUUUCAAAGCUGAAUUUGACAUCUGGGGCAGUCUAUAGAAAACUCUCACAAAAUGACAAAAAGCUUUGCAACGCUGUGUCUCCUCCACUGCCGAGAGAUGUCACCAUUCCCUCUGAAAGGGUGACUCUACAAGCAUGGACAGAUGACAGACCCAUUCCAGUUGAUGGCAAACCAUUUCAGGAACACCAUUCUUUUGGAAAGAGCUCUCUAGAAGAUAAUUCCUGGGUAUUCCCAAGUCCUCCAAAGCCUAACGAGAACACGUUUUGGGAAAUGAAAAAUAAAACAACUUUGUUAAACUGUCCAGUAGAUUACCUGGAUCGGUGCAAUCAAAACUGUCUGCACAAGAGUUAAACAAUUUUUAGAGUGAACUGAGGCGUUUUUAGAAUGGAUCUGAAUAGGCACCUUAACACUUGAACUUUUAAAGGAGGAAAACAGAUUGCCUGGAAUGUUCUUUCUUUAUUUUUUAAUUCUAGUUCCAGAACAGAAAGCCCAGUCUUCCUCUGCUGUAAAUCGGGAGUGAGUUCCUUGAAGUUAAAGCUGUGCUGCUUUAAUGUAAGUAGAAGGAGAUCUAGCAUAGUGCCUAGAUAGGCUUCCACUGCAGAUGGCACGCAUUUGCAAAUGAUGACACUGAAAAGUGAGUUCUUGGAAUAAAACAAAAUAACACAGUUCUGUAUUUGUUUGCUAUUUGUAUGUUAUCAAGAAAAUAUUUGGUAUGCUGUGUUAAAACUUGUACCAGCUCUGACUUAAUUUUUUACAGUAGGUUUUUUUUUUCCCAGAGUAAGGCAUAAAGUGAAGCACUGGAUUAUCUCUCCUUUCCUCCUUUCAAUUAACUUUCUGAUUCCUCUGGUUUAGAAAUGCAUUUUUAUGUAAUUUUUAACAAAGGUGAGAUUUAUUUUUGGUCAAAAUCUUGAUUUAUAUUAGAUAGUGGCAAGAGAAAAAUUGCUCCUAGGCUGUCCUGUUUAGAUUGCACCAUUUUGGGCCUUUAUUGGGAAUUAUAAAGGAUCAUAAAUAAAGCUGCUGAACCCUAUGUGCUGUAGGAAACUUGAAUGAAUUCUGUGCAUAGUGGUGCCUGCUACGGAAUCAUCCUGCUCACAGUGCAGUUAACCCCUAUUGUGCCUCCUCUGCGCAGCACCAGAACUUUGGCUUUGUAUUUGUGUGGCGGUGAAGGCUACUAACUUUUCUUUUAUUAAAGAAACAAAGCCUUAAUUUAAUCAGGUGUUGUAACAUAGGAAGUGGUUUUGUGGUACCGUUAGCAUGCCACGGGGAAGUAGAGUUGGAUUGCAACUACCUGCUUUAUAGGUUAUGGGUGUCUAGGUACUGUUUAGGGGUUUUAUUCCCUCUUAAGGCCAAGAAAUGUUUUUAGACAAAAUAUAAUUUAUGCCUUUUUAAAAAAAACAAACCUGCUUUGCUUCAUACCUGGCUGAACGCAACAGGGUUAAGCGAAACGCCUUGACUGCUCAAAACGUUGAAGAAAAAUGCUUUGCAUUUUAGAUCCACGAUCCCCGUCCUGUAAUGUGUGAGAAGAUACUUAAUACUAAAUAUGUUAUUUAGAGAUGGGGGGGUGAGUAAAGUAUUCAACUUGACAGGGUCCAGCUUAAGAUCAGUGUAAUAAAAAUUAUUUUCACAGCUGUUUAGUAACAAAUUAUCUUAAAAUUGCUUGGCGAUACAUGAGGAAACUGCCUGUAGCAUGGCCGUAGUAAUGAUGGGCUGUAAAAGAGUUACUGAGGUGCUGCGUGGUUCCAGGUGCUUUCUUCCCUGUGGAGUAAGUACUUCACAUGAUGCCCAUCUUCCCCUCCUCUUUUGGUUUGUCUAUCACAGUUGAAAACAUGCCUUCUGGAUACUUUCUACUAUCUUAGUGAACAGCAUACAUAAAUAAUGUUUCCCAUAUAGUUUUUAUCUUUCUAUUAUCUUGCUCACGUAUACUGGCUUGUCUGUGAUUAAUGGAAAUGGUGUCGGAUGCUGGAAUUUAUUCUGACCAAUGAACACAGCUGACUCAGGGGAGUACAAUCUCUUGGAAAGUAAUAGAACAAAACCCAAUAUGCAUAAAACAAAUCCAAGUCACUAGGCUUUAGCUGAUAGAACCAACUACCUGUGUAAUAACAAAGCAGCAGAAAACAUUUCUCGUGUGGCUGCAUAAGCUAUAUGGUAUCUAGUUCUGAUGUAGCUUUCUGGGGUUGCCCACCUCAACAUUACAGAGGUUUUUUUACUAAGUAAUGUAUUAUCCAACAGACAACACGAUUAAUACUUCGAUUUGUGCAAUGAAUUCUGCUGUGUAAGAUUUGAAAUAAAUUUAUUUUUGUUUGAAAUUGGUUUCUCUUACAAAUCUCCUUUCAGCAUUUGGCACAAAGUUUUUUACUCUGUUUUAAUUUCUUGAUUAUAAAGGUCACUGCAAAUGCAAACAAUUAAGGUUGAGGUGAAUUUUCCCUCCAUUCAGGAAAAAUAUCAAACAUCCUCUGCAGAUCGCUUCUGUGUGUUCCGGGAAAAGGAUUCUCUUGGAUGUUGAAACCUGAAGGACUUUUACCUUAAGUCACGGCGUGUUCCUAUGGUUUGAUUACAUGUAUCAAAAGGUUCCUGGUCAACCUGUCAUGUGUGAUGG